AUGGACGUCGACGCCUUUCCGCCUGAAGCGCAAGCGCUCGCCCACGCUCUUUUAGCAGCAGCCCAGGCCUCUCCCAUCGCGGACGUCAAGGCGCUACUCGAUCGCGGUGCACCAGCAUGGUACCAGGAUGACGUUCUUGGCUGGAGUGCGCUUCACUACGCCGCGGAGCGGCGCGAGCCGGCACUUCUCCGUACCCUCCUCCGGGGUGGGGCAGUGUGGAAUGCCGUCGACCACUGGGGCCGGACGGCUGGCGAGGUCUGCCUCUCUCUGAAUGACCGGGAGGGGUGGGAAGCGAUUCGGAAUGAGGGUGUGCGAUCCGAGAUGCUUGUGCAUGCCAUGCGUGGUGCUUCGGGGGGAGCUAUGACCCUGCGCGCAGAAGAUAAAAGCAGCGCGGGAGAUAACCUCGCGUUCCUCAAGAGCCAGCUCAAGUGGGAGAUGGGCGAGGACGGACGCGAGCGCGUGCUCGACGCCGACGGGAACGGCGUCAUGAUGGGAUGGGAGGAGCCGCUCAUGCGCGAGCACGUGCGCCACAUGACCGACCAUAUUUGUGCGAAAGACAAGGGUGGGGACGGCAUGAGUAUCCUCAAUGUCGGGUUUGGGCUCGGUAUCGUCGACCGCCUGUUCCAGGCUACACAGCCUCUCCACCACGUCAUCAUCGAGGCGCACCCCCAGGUCCUGGCGUAUAUGAAGAGCAAGGGGGUGUACGAGUGGCCUGGAGUGAGGGUGCUCGAGGGACGGUGGCAGGACUUUGUGGGGGAGCGGAUGGGCGAGUUGAUUGAGGCAAGUGGGGGGAUGGGCUUUGAUGCGAUUUUCGUUGACACGUUUGCCGAGGGCUACGAAGACCUCAAGGCGUUCUUCGAGGUGUUGCCAGACAUCCUCGAGGCUGAACACGGCAUCUUCUCGUUCUGGAACGGCCUCGGCGCGACCAACCCCACCAUCUAUGCCGUCUCGUCGUCGCUUGCCGAGCUGCACAUGGACGACGUGGGGCUCGAGACGACGUGGCACGACGUGGCGAUCCCCCAGAGUCUCGCGGAGGAGGUGUGGCGCGGCGUCCGGCGAAAGUACUGGGAGCUGCCGGGCUACCGCCUCCCGAUCGCUAAGAUGCGGCUUGCAUAG